AUGUACAACAAAUCACUGAAGAUUAAACUAACACAACUUGGUGACAGUCAUCCAAGUAUUGCUGUAACUUAUAGCAAUAUUGGGCAAGUCUAUAAUGAUCAAGGCAAGUAUGACGACGCUCUAUCGAUGUAUAAUAAAUCACUGAAGAUUGACCUAACACAACUUGGUGACAAUCAUCCAAGUAUUGCUGUAACUUAUUGCAAUAUUGGGCAAGUCUAUAAUCAUCAAGGCAAGUAUGACGACGCUCUAUCGGUGUAUAACAAAUCACUAAAGAUUAACUUAACACAAGUUAAUAACAAUCAUCCAAGUAUUGCUACGACAUAUCUCAACAUUGGUGGUGUCUAUAUUCAUCAAGGCAAGUAUGACGACGCUCUAUCGAUGUUUAACAAGUCACUGAAGAUUCGACUAACACAACUUGGUGACAAUCAUCCAAGUAUUGCUGUAACUUAUAGCAAUAUUGGGCUAGUCUAUAAUCAUCAAGGCAAGUAUGACGACGCUCUAUCGAUGUAUAACAAAUCACUGAAGAUUCAACUAACACAACUCAAUGACAAUCAUCCAAGUAUUGCUAUGACAUAUCACAACAUUGGUGAUGUCUAUAGUGAUUCAGGUAAGUAUGACGAUGCUCUAUCGAUGUAUAACAAAUCACUGAAGAUUCAACUAACACAACUUAAUAACAAUCAUCCAAGUAUUGCUACGACAUAUCACAGCAUUGGUAAAGUCUAUAAAGAUCAAGGCAAGUAUGACGACGCUCUAUCUAUGUAUAACAAGUCACUAAAGAUUCUACUAACACAACUUGAUGACAAUCAUCCAAGUAUUGCUGUAACUUAUAGCAAUAUUGGGCUAGUCUAUAAAUAUCAAGGCAAGUAUGACGACGCUCUAUCGAUGUAUAACAAAUCGCUGAAGAUUCAACUAAUACAACUUGAUGACAAUCAUCCAAGUAUUGCUACGACUUAUCACAACAUUGGUAGUGUCUAUAGAGAUCAAGGCAAGUAUGACGACGCUCUAUCGAUGUAUAACAAAUCACUAAAGAUUCUACUAACACAACUUAAUGACAAUCAUCCAAGUAUUGCUGCGACAUACCACAACAUUGCUGAUGUCUAUAAUCAUCAAGCCAAGUAUGACGACGCUCUAUCGAUGUAUAACAAAUCACUGAAGAUUAAACUAACACAACUUGAUGACAAUCAUCCAAGCAUUGCUACGACUUAUCACAACAUUGGUGGUGUCUAUAAUGAUCAAGGCAACUAUGACGACGCUCUAUCGAUGUAUAACAAAUCACUGAAGAUUCAACUAACACAACUUGGUGACAAUCAUCCAAGUAUUGCUGCGACAUAUCACAACAUUGGUGUUGUCUAUAAUCAUCAAGGCAAUAUUGCUACAAUAUAUCACAACAUUGGUGUUGUCUAUGAAGAUCAAGGCAAGUAUGACGACGCUCUAUCGAUGUAUAACAAAUCACUGAAGAUUCGACAAACACAACUUGGUGACAAUCAUCCAAGUAUUGCUACGACAUAUAACAACAUUGGUGGUGUCUAUUUACAUCAAGGCAAGUAUGACGACGCUCUAUCGAUGUAUAACAAAUCGCUGAAGAUUCAACCAACACAACUCGGUGACAAUCAUCUAAUUAUUCCUGCGACAUAUCACAACAUUGGUAGUGUCUAUAUACAUCAAGGCAAGUAUGACGACGCUCUAUCGAUGUAUAACAAAUCACUGAAGAUUCAACUAACACAAUUUGGCGACAAUCAUCUAAGUAUUACUGUAACUUAUAGCAAUAUUGGGCAAGUCUAUAAUCAUCAAGGUAAGUAUGACGACGCUCUAUCGAUGUAUAACAAAUCGCUGAAGAUUGAACUAACACAACUUGGUGACAAUCAUCCAAGUAUUGCUACGACAUAUAUCAACAUUGGUAGUGUCUAUAAAGAUCAAGGCAAGUAUGACGACGCUCUAUCGAUGUAUAACAAAUCACUGAAGAUUCUACUAACACAACUUGGUGACAAUCAUCCAAGUAUUGCUUUAACUUAUAACAAUAUUGGGCAAGUCUAUAGAGAUCAAGGCAAGUACGACGACGCUCUAUCGAUGUAUAACAAAUCACUGAAGAUUCGACUAACACAACUUGAUGACAAUCAUCCAAGUAUUGCUAUAACUUAUAGCAAUGUUGGGCAAGUCUAUAACGAUCAAGGCAAGUAUGACGACGCUCUAUCGAUGUAUAACAAAUCACUGAAGAUUAAACUAACUCAACUUGGUCACAAUCAUCCAAGUAUUGCUGCGACAUAUCACAGUAUUGCUGAUGUCUAUAAAGAUCAAGGCAAGUAUGAUGAUGCUCUAUCGAUGUAUAACAAAUCACUGAAGAUUAAACUAACACAACUUAAUGACAAUCAUCCAAGUAUUGCUACGACAUAUCACAACAUUGGUGUUGUCUAUAAAGAUCAAGGCGAGUAUGACGACGCUCUAUCGAUGUGUAACAAAUCACUGAAGAUUCAACUAACACAACUUGGUCACAAUCAUCCAGGUAUUGCUGCGACAUAUAACAGCAUUGGUAGUAUCUAUAAAGAUCAAGGCAAGUAUGACGACGCUCUAUCGAUGUAUAACAAAUCACUGAAGAUUAAACUAACACAACUUGGUCACAAUCAUCCAAGUAUUGCUACGACUUAUCACAACAUUGGUAAUGUCUAUAAAGAUCAAGGCAAUUAUGACGACGCUCUAUCGAUGUAUACAAAUCGCUGA